AUGUUGCUCAGUCCGUGCCCAGAUGCCAUCGGCCACUAUGACCUGGCUCAUCCUCUGGAAACCCUCAAACACGUGAUCGCCCAUUGCACUCCCACCUUCGACUGGCACAACGUUGCCCUUAUAAUCAACCGUGGUCACUUGUCCGACCUCAUGCGCUUCGUCUGGGGCAUGAACUCGCGUGAACUCGAGUUCACCAUCAGUUGUGGUGGCGAGGGCCAACCGGCGGUGGUAGAACGUAGCUGGAAGUACCAUUGUAGAGAGUUAACGUACGGAUGGGCAUUCCAGGAAGCCGCGACAAGACCUCAACCGGGUGCCGAGCAACUGAUCAGACACCAUAGAGUCUCUUUUAUACGACUGGGUGGCCUCCAUCUCGUGGUGAGGGCUGAAGUCGAUGCUUGCACCGGCCAAGCCGACAAGCAGGGUAUAAGACAGCUAUCGGAUGGUGACUGGGAGCUCUGUGAGGAUGGUACAUCCAGACUGUGGUGCUUCAAAUCGGGAGCCUUCGAUCCUAUGGAAACUGCAGCUAAGGCCACUUAUGAGCAGAUGCUCCUUGGUGACUGCAAGUUGUCGGUGUUGGGCAAGCAUUCCGAUCGAAAUAUCAUUAGCGAGCUCAUCGGAGUCCUGCUCGAAAUAGUGAAGAACAAUGGUCAUGCCGUGGUCGUGUGGAAUGGCAAAUCUCGGAAGCUCAUCAUUCUAGCGCUUUUCUUCUCGAAGUAG